UAUUGAUCGGCUCAAUCAUUCUCAAAAUGUAUGAUUAAUUUACAUCAAUAGAUCAAUUGAACAUCAAUUAGAGUUUUCUGGGUCCAAUUGAACUGUUAAAAUGGCUACGAGUCCGAAAAUUUCAGUUUCAAACGCUGCCGAAGAUUGUGAAGAAAUAGAUUUAGAUGAGACCAAAAGAAGGGUAAAAAAGGCAGCUGCUCUGUCGGUGCCCGGAAGACUAGUCCGGAAACUAUCUGGCACGGACACUAUGGGUCUGGACGCGGACGCUCUUCGACGGUUGUCCCGUGCGUCCUCUCAAAACAGUCUGUUUUUGCCGGACAGAAUCGGGAAGACGUUCUCAGAGCAUCCAUUUGUAUGCUCGGUAGUAGCUGUUGACAAUGAUUGCUUCAAAGCCAAAUCGCGGCCCACAACUGUGAGUUUAAUAAAAGACAGAGUCGAUUUCAUCAACGAUGGUUCUCUGGAAGAUCUCCAUUUCACAAAUACAGAAUCCAACUUCCGGAACUUCUUCUACAACGCCGUGCCCAAAAUCAAAGUAGCAGUUGUAAAUGAGGUCAAAAAGCAACUGGAAGACAUGAAGACAGAUUUGAUCGUGUUUUUGGGUUCAUCCGGGUUCAAAUCUGAUGACGUCACUCCUGAUGCUCUUGAUUGCAGUGUUCAGUAUAAUGCACUUGUGUUGCAACAGGCGUUUGUUGCCCAGAUGCUUAACCAUGGCUUUGAUGAACCAUUCAGACCAAUGUUUGGAGUAUCUGGACAAACACUGAUCAUCAACAUACCCGACAACCUUCAUUUAUUAGAGCGCUGCAUGGCAAAAGGCGGCUUAUUUUGGAGGUUAAUUGAGAAGACAAUUCUGAGUUUGAGAGAUGUUGACAGCAUAAUAACAGCUGAGAAAUCACAAGAACAACUCAGAGUUUCCAGAUCUGAAAAAGUCAAACCCAAAAGCUGGUGCUUACCAUAAAAAUCAGCAUCUAUCUAUUAUAAUACUUUGAAAAAAAGAUCCGGCAAAAAUCAUCAGCAGAAGAUUCUUUUAUUCCUAUGCUUAAAACAGCAUUAUUAGAAUGGCAACGCAAUGGAAUGUUUAAAUUGGCAGUCUACGUUUUCAAACUAAAUAUUACAUAUAUGUACACAAGAAUUGGACUAAUUUUUGUAAUCUACACAAACUGAAAAAAAUUCAUACACCGGUUGAACUCAUUGAUUGAAACGUGAAACCAAAGAGCAGAUGUUUUUUUUUCAUUCGCUUCUGUAUUUGAUCGGAAAGCAAGACGGAUUAAAAAAAUUGCAUUUUUUCCUUUUGCGCAAUCAUUUUUCCAUAGUCCCAUAUAAGGAUAAAUGUGCACACUCAUGUUCCUUUGAAUGAUAAAAAAAUUUUACCUCACAAAUUUGCCGAAAAAAUGACACAGAUUUUAGUUUCAGUUAUGACAAUUAUUUUUGUUAAUGUUCAAAUUUUGCCCACCGAUGCAAAAAUUGUAGAAGGAUCGGUGUGGGCGCCGAACUCAAACUUCCAUUUCCUGUCCCGGUUUUGCUUCCAAGAGGGAAAUGACGCAACGCUUGAGUACGAAAUCAGAUACCCCGAGUCUUUCUGCCUACGAGGCGAAAACGGGAUCUACCAGAGCGGCUGUCAAAAAUUAGUUCUCUAUUACGACGAGAAAGACCAGUGGGACUUCGUGUACAAAAACGAUAAAGUGGAGUGUCAGGAUAAGUUGGAUCCGAACCUGUUGCACUACUCACAGAUCAUAAAUUUAGACCCAAUGAAACAUGAGCCAGGCGAGGAGAUAGACUCACUGUAUAAGUACAGUAUGUUUGUGUCCGGAUGCUGGCUCACUAAAAGGGAAGAUACCAACGCUUCUGAGAUUGCCUGCAGAGCGAAACGGAACUUCCUCUCGCAACGCGACAGAUGGUGGUUCGUAGCUCUAGUCAACUGCGAGACAGACAAAGGACUCAAGCUAGACUAUUUCCACCUGGAGUUCAAAAACGGCGACAGCUACAACAAACAUUUCUCAGUGGACGAGUGGUACAUUAUGGAGACGACUUUCGUUCUCCUAUAUCUAUUUAUCAUUCUUCUAAUCGCUUGUAUAGUUUUUACGAUUAAGCUUAAAAACAUGGGCUUUUAUCAUAUCACUUUCAAAUUGUUCACGUUGUCUCUUCUACUGAAAGUUAUUUCAUAUUUGCUUUAUGCAUGGGCUUACCUGAAAUACAGAACAGGUUAUGAAUCAAUCAGGAUCAAAAAUUUGGCCCUUGGAUUUUCAAUGUUGGCUCAUAUAUUUUUGAUUUUCCUGGUUAUUCUAAUGGCCAAAGGAUACACUAUAACUCGGGCUAAAUUGUCGACCAAAGGAACUUUCAAGGUCAUGCUGUUCAUUAUUAUUUUCACUCUAAUUUAUUUCGUAUCGUUCGUUUACCAUGUCAAUGUAUUCGACCCUGGAGAGGUUCUUUACUUCUAUGAGUCACCGCCUGGUUACACCACUCUAGGGUUGCAAAUCUUAAGCUCGUUCAUGAUAUCAUACGGAGUUUUCUUCACCGUGAAACGCUACCCUGAAAAAUUGAAGUUUUACCUUCCGUUUUACGUAUUUUACAGCGCCUGGAUUUUGGUCACACCUAUUUUUGCAAUAUUCUCCAUUUUCGUUCUUCAAGAUUUUUACAGACAGAAAAUAGUCUAUGGCGUCGAGGGUGGCCUUUCAUUUCUGUCAUACGGAUUUUUCUUGAUUUUGACUUUCCCAACCAGAGCGAAUAAGAAUUUCCCCUACCAUAUAAAAACAAACCAGAUUGAUAUUCUGGAAAUAACUGAGACUGGGAACUUUCCACACGACCCAGACGGACAAAGCGAGAGUUCGUAUGCCUCGUCGGCUGCUUCGGGCGAAACAGUUACUGUGUCGGUUAGUUCGAGGUCAGCCGAGACAAACUUCAUCGAUGUGUUCCGAGUGGAUUACGACAUGGUUGAUCCGAACAACAGGCGCGAAUAGGGACAAAAAACAUCAGAUAUUAGACACAAAUUUAUCUCAAUCUUGAAACCAUUGAUGCGGUUUAUUAUUUAACCAAGUAUUAUUUAAACUUUUGAUGAAAAUAAAGACCAUGUAUAUGUAGUGCUCAUUUUAGUACCAUUUCAUGGUUCCAAUCAAAAUGUAUUGUAUUUUACGACAAAGAUUAUAUUUUAAUUAAAUGUGCGCGAUAACUUUCACAAAUAAUGAU